UGCCGGUCGAGAGGUGCUUUGGGCACAGCAUGGCGGCGGCGCUGCCCCGGUGCUGCGGCUGCAAGGGGGUCCGGACUUGCCUGCUGUGCGAGGGGGAGCGAGACGGUGGCACGGCGGGAACCCUGUACCCCAAGAAGACAGCCCAUUUCAUCUAUUGUUUAGAAACAGGUUUGGCUUUAGGAACGGAGAAAUCGGGAUUUGCUGGCUGGGCUUUUCCUUUCCCGGGAGUUGCGAUGAUAAAGGACUUUGUUAGUGCUGAUGAGGAGACCGAGCUGGUACGGUUAAUGGAUCAGGAUGACUGGAAACUUUCACAGUCUGGAAGAAGGAAACAGGACUAUGGCCCCAAAGUCAAUUUUAGGAAACAGAAGCUGAAAACUGGUGGCUUUGAUGGCUUGCCCAGCUUCAGCCGUGAGAUUGUCCACAGAAUGGGGCAGCAUCCUGUCUUGGAGAGGUUCCUGCCGGUUGAACAGUGUAACCUGGAUUAUCAUCCAGAGCGAGGCUCUGCGAUUGACCCCCACUUGGAUGACUCCUGGCUCUGGGGAGAACGGCUGGUCAGCCUCAAUCUGCUCUCACCUACUGUAUUGUCCAUGUCUCGGGAUUCCAAUGAGAGACUUCAGUUACUCUCUGUGGCCCAGCAGGGAACAAGGAACUCCCCACCAAAUGACCCAGUGCCAAGAGACCCAGAGGACACAGGCUCCAGGAGGUCUGUUCCAUGUGACCAGGUGGAAGUGGCCAUCCACUUACCUGCUAGGUCCCUGCUUGUAUUGUUCGGGGCUGCUCGCUAUCAGUGGAAGCACGCCAUCCACCGGCAGCAUAUUGAGAGCCACCGAAUCUGUGCCACCUUUCGGGAGCUGUCAGCCGAGUUCUGUCCUGGAGGAAAGCAGGGAGAACUAGGGCAGGAACUCCUGGAAAUAGCUCUGUCAUUUCAAGGAAAACCUGUGUGACUGGCCCAGAGAAAAGGAGCCAGUGGACUGAUCGGUCAAGAAAUAGCCAUCCAGGACCAGCUGCCCUCUUUGAAAAUGGUGAAUUCAUAACAGAGAACUGAUUUUAACUCGGCUGUAUUAUUUUUUGAAAGCUCACUCCAAAUCCUAAGGCCAGAAGGGGCAUUGUCUAGUCUUUCUCUGUUGUCAUACCUCUUGGGGAACUCUCAUCUUUCCCUGUUUUUGUUUUGGAAAGAAGCUAGGCUUUGAGGGUGCUCGGAGGUGGAGCUGGAGAGAGCUAGAAGAAUUGGGGUGGGGGCGGGUUGCUCCACCAAAUGGCUGAGCCCCCUGAGCUCCCCACACCCUGGAUCUGGCCCCUUUUUUCAUGGACCUUUACCUAGGAACAAUUUAACAAAAAAGGCCUCUGACCAAGUACAUCUACCUCCCCCAAAUUAUCGUAAGACUAAUGGGGGCAUUCCAAAUAUAGGCAACAUUCCAUGGAAAUAGGUGUGUCAUUAAAUGUCUAUUUUUGUAAGUUCUGAGAAGGUGAUGGAA